AGUGCGUACCCGUUCCGAACAUAGUUGACGUCGUCGUGCUCAAGCGCGGUACAGAAAGUAGCAGUGCGUCGACGCUCGCGGAUGCUUCGUGCCAGUCUCGUGCCCCCCACGGAAAACCAUGUCGAAAAUUAACGCGUCACCGAGAUUCGUUACCGUCCAGCAAACGGAAGAGAAUACCGUCACCGUUUCUUCCAAAAUCUAACCAACGUUACUUUAGAUUUCAGUAUUUGCCAGCGAUAAACCGCAGUUGCAAACUUCGGGGCAAUUCAACUUUUUAAGAGCGAGUGGACAAUAUUUUUAUCCUUCGUUUAUCAAGUUUGUAGGUCCCUAUGGUGCGCGACUAUUUAAGGGGAUCGAGAAUGUCACUUAUUUUAGUCCAGCAUAACGACUAACGUAAUUUGAUAGACAAUACCGUAGACAAAAAACGAAAUUACUCGUAGCUUGUUUCCGGAUCUAACGAAUACAUUCGUGAGUUACUGAAAAGAGUGAGGGGAUACCAGUAGCGCGGUUACCUGUAACACGUGACUUGCAAGGCUGCUCUCGGCAUCCGCGACGUGACAACGUGCACCGAUGCAGUCUGUGCCGAACCCAUCAGCCGGCGCAGACGGACAGCCUGCAGACCCCGGAGGACCGGCGCCAGCCGAGAUGGCCAUCAAGGAAGCACAGCGAUAUUUCGGGCCGUCCCGCUUCGUGGCCAGGGGCAGCGAGUCCACCCCGUACGAGCUUCUGAUCGACCAGGAACAGGAGCGUCCACACAGAAGGAGCAUGUUCCGCAAGACCGGCGUCCGUGUGGGCCUCGUGCUGGUGCUUCUGGCGAUGGUCGUGUUCUGCGCCCUCUCGCCCCUGCUCUUCUCGAGACGUACGCUGCCCGAGGAGGGGCUCGUGCUGGAGGCUUCGGAGUCCGUCCUGGGCAACUUCAGCAGCUGGGCGGUGGCCACGGAUGCGUCGCUGUGCGCCCCAGUCGCCAGGAAGGUGCAGGCGAGAGGGGGCACGAUCGCGGACGUUGCCGUGGCUACGCUGCUCUGCAUGGGCGUGGUGUUGCCCCACUCCAUGGGCAUGGGAGGCGGGUUCCUGGCCACCGUGUACACCAGGAAAACAAGAAAGGCACAGACCUUGAUUGCUAGGGAGAAAGCGCCCGCGGCCGCCACGAAGGAUAUGUUUGUUUCCAACCCCAAGCUGGCUCAGACAGGGGGUCUGGCUGUGGCCGUUCCCGGCGAACUCCGCGGGUAUCGCGCCCUGCUGGACCGGAUGGGGUCCAACGUGAGCUGGGAGGCGCUUUUCGAGGACGCCAUUCGACUUGCGCGCCAUGGCUUCUCUGUCCACCCUCAUCUCGCCAACGCGCUGCAGGUUAAGAAGGACGCCGUUUACAGCCACGAGAACAUGAGGAAGAUCUUCUGGAACACCGCUGCCAACGACACGCUUAAGGAAGGAGACCUUGUGGUGCAACCAGACCUGGCCGCUACCCUGGAGCUCGUUGCCAAGCACGGGCCGGACUACUUUUACGAGGGGUCCUUCGCUGCGCAGCUGGUGCGGGAGGUAAACGCAAAUGGGGGUAACAUGACCCUCGAAGACCUGGCGUCCUAUCAGGCAGAGUGGCACGUCCCCGUGAACGUAAGCUUCAAAGACAACCUCACCCUGUACUCCGUACCACCGCCGGGCAGCGGUCCUGUCCUCGGCUACAUCAUGGGCAUCAUGGACGCCUUCAGGACCGACGCCAAGGAGAGACUCGCAGACGAUGUCCUCACCUUGCACAGAUUCCUGGAGGCCUGUAAGUUCGCCUACGCACAGAGGGCCCUCUUGGGAGACCCCAAGUUUGUGGAACUAGGUCAGUUGGUGGGUAACCUGACUUCUGUGGAGCAGGCCCUGGCCACCAGGUGGCUCAUCGACGAUGCGAGGACGUUCGACCAGGCGGUCCAUUACUUCGGAGAAGAGCCGUUCCAACCGGACCACGGGACCGCCCACGCGUCCUUCCUGAGUCCCAACGGAGAUGCCGUCGCGGUCACGAGCACUGUCAACUUCUACUUUGGUAGCAUGGUGAGGUCCGGAGGCGUGAUGCUAAACAACGAGAUGGACGACUUCUCCGUCCCCGGAACCUCAAACCUGUACGGCGUAGCUCCUUCGGAGGCCAACUACGCGGCCCCGGGAAAGCGGCCAAUGUCGUCCAUGGCGCCUGCCGUGGUCGUCGGCCGAGACGGGGACGUCCAGCUGGUGCUCGGAGGCGCGGGGGGCGCCAAGAUCACCUCGGGAAUCGCGCUCGUGAGCAUGCGAUAUCUGUGGCAAGGAAACAACAUCAAGGAGGCGAUUGACUUCCCCAGGGUGCACCACCAGCUUCUGCCCAAUCAAGUGGACGUCGAGGCGAACUUCCCACAGGUGUACAGGCGGCUGCUGGAGAAGAAAGGGCACAAGGUGGUCGUGCCCAAGGGCAGGUUCUCCAUCAUGAUGGGCAUCGGCCGCCGAGAAGGACGCAUCUACGCCAACGCCGACUUCCGCAAGGGAGGUUCCGUGGACGGGGACUGAGCGGACCGGUCGGGCUCGUCUUUCGGCUCCGCACGUCCGUCUCCCAACAGCGCCCACGAAGACGUCCGAGUGCUAGCCGCAGUGACCGAGGGCCUAGGCCCAAAGGGACGGUACCAGGGAGCGGGCUAAAAGGA